UCUUAAUGGAUUUGGUAGGUUUAGAGCUUUAAGGUUCGCAUCCAGACCGCCGGAAUACCAGUAAUUAAACCAUCAAUCUGAGGGUUAUUCAAUUAUCUCAUAGAGUCUCUUUGCAAUCAUUUUUUUUCUUUUUUUUUACGAAGAGUUGAAUAUCGGAUCCGCAAAGCGUAUUAUCAAUGGCGUCUUCAUCCAUCUACAAUAGUUUUAAGUAUGAUGUGUUUCUAAGUUUUUGUGGCGAAGACGUUCGUAAGACUUUCGUGGAUCAUCUUUAUCAUGCUCUUAAGCAGAAAAGCAUUCAUACUUACAAAGACGAUGAGGAAAUCAAUCAGGGCAACUGGAUCAGUGAUGAACUUAUCGGAUCCAUUGAAGACUCGAAACUAUAUAUCAUCGUUUUCUCUACAAACUAUGCAUAUUCAUCGUGGUGUUUGGAUGAGCUUGUGAAGAUAAUGGAAUGUCACAAGACCAAAGAGCACACUGCCUACCCCGUCUUCUAUGAUGUGGAACCGACGGAAGUCCGCAGACAAAGUGGGGCAGUUGGAGAAGCCUUUUCAAAACAUGAAAACCAAAACCAAGAAGCUGCUGAGAAAUGGAGGAAGGCUAUGACAGACGCAUCGAAUUUGGCUGGAUGGGUGUUGAAGAACACUGACGAUGGGCAUGAAGCUAAAUUCAUCCAGAAAGUUGUUGAACAAAUUUCACUAGAGUUACGAUCCAUAAAUUUCAGGAGCGAUGAAAAUUUAGUAGGCAUGGAGACCCGAAUUAAUGGUGUUUUAUCAUCUUUGGGAACAGGUUUUGAUGACGUUCGCGUGAUCGGGAUCAAAGGAAUGGGAGGUGGUGGGAAGACAACUUUAGCCAGAGCUGUUUUUGAUCAAAUAUCCUUUCAAUUCGAAGGUAAAAGCUUCGUUGAAAAAGUCAGGGAAGUAUCAAAAGCUUCUCCAUCCGGUUUGAAUUCGUUGCAAAACCAAAUCCUUUCUGAUGUCUUCAAUGAUAAAGGCAUGAUUGUAAGUAGUGUUCAUGAGGGGAUAGGCAUGAUGAAGAGGAGGAUGCCUGGUAAAAAGAUUCUUCUUGUUCUAGAUGAUGUGGAUCAUAAGGAGCAGCUUAAGGCAUUAGCGGGUGAGACAACUUGGUUUAAGCCGGGAAGUAUAAUCAUUAUUACAACAAGAGAUCGGCAAGUACUCGAAUCCUAUGAAGCAAAGUCAAUUCAUGACAUUCAGUUGUUAUCGCAUGAGGAUGCAAUGUGCCUCUUCAGUAGGUAUGCAUUUGGGAAAGUGAUUCCAAAUCCAGGAUACGAAGAGCUAUCAAAACAAGUUGUGCAUUAUGCUGCUGGUCUUCCCUUGGCCAUCGAAGUAUUGGGUUCAUUUCUUUGUGGUAAAGAUGAGGUUGAAUGGAUGGAUGCCCUUUUAAGACUAAAAACAAUUCCGUCUCAGGAAAUUCUGGAAAUAUUGGAGAUAAGCUACAGUGGUCUAGAGAAUGAUUACAAAGAAAUAUUCCUAAAUGUUGCAUGCUUAUUGAAAGGGUGGUCGAAAGCCGAUGCAAUCAAAGCGCUUGAAAGUUGUGGAUUUCAUGCUAGAAAUGGUUUAAGAGUUCUUGAGCAAAAAUCUCUAAUAACUGUUAAUGAUAAUGGGUAUCUUGGCAUGCAUGACCAUAUUGAAGAAAUGGGAAGGAAUAUUGUUCGUCGUUUGCACCCGGAUAAGCCUAAGAAACAUAGUCGAUUGUGGAUUAACAAGGAAAUUGAAGAUAUAUUGGCUAAUAAAUUGGGUACUCAAGCAAUAAGAUAUAUAAAAUUCUACAUGGAGAAACUCAGUCCGGAUAUGGUGAUGAAAGGUCUUAGAAAGAUGAAGGAACUUACAUUUCUUCACGUGUCUCUGCAAUUUAUUGAUGCCAGCAAAAGUGAUUAUUCUCGUCAGAAUUGGAAGUCUAAAAAUUUUCCUAAUGCUUUGAGGUAUCUGUGUUGGAACCAUUACCCGUAUAGGUCUUUACCCAAAAAAUUUCAAGCAGAUAGUCUUGUUGCACUCGAGAUGGUUAAAAGCCAAAUUGUACAACUUUGGGGAGGGGGAGAAAGAAAGGCUCUUAACAAGCUCAAAUUCCUUGACCUCAGUUAUUCAAAGUUAAGGAACCUUGAUCUUGGGCUUACUCCAAAUAUCGAGACAUUGAAUCUUAGAGGAUGUCGUGAGUUGGUGAAACUUCACAUGCUUGCUAGAUGUUCAAAACUCAUAAAUAUUGACCUCAGUUCAUCAAUGUUGAGGACCAUUGACCUUGAGCCGGCUCCCAAUCUUGAGAUUUUGAAUCUUAAAGGAUGUGAGGAGUUGGUAGAACUUCACAUGCUUCCUGGAUGUUUAAAGCUCAUAACCAUUGACCUCAGUUGGUCAAUGUUGAGGACCCUUGACCUUAGAUUGACUCCCAAUCUCGAGUUAUUAGAUCUUAAAGGAUGUUCAGAGUUGAUAGAACUUCACAUGCCCGAUAAAUCUCCAAAUCUUAGAUCCCUCGAACUCAGUUAUUCAAAGUUGAGGACCCUUGACAUUGGGCUAACUCCCAAACUCGAAUAUUUAGAAAUUACAUAUUGUUAUGAUUUAGAAGAACUUCACAUGGCCGAUGAAUGUCAAAAGCUCGCAUCCCUCUCCAUUACUCGUUCAAAGUUGAGGAACCUUGACCUCGGGGUGACUCCAAGUCUCAAGACAUUAGAUCUUAAACAUUGUUAUGAUUUGGAAGAACUUCACAUGACUAGUGAAUGUCGAAAGCUCACAUUCCUCAACAUUAGUCAUUCAAAGUUGAGGAACCUUGACCUCAAGCUGAUUCCAAACCUCGAGACGUUAGAUCUUAAAGAAUGUUCCAAUCUUGUAGAACUUCAAAUGGACGAUGAAUGUCUAAAAAACCUUGUCUACUUAGACUUAAGUGGUUGUUUGCGGUUUCUAGAGUUUAAGUUUGACAUAAAGAAUGAUACUUUAAGUGAGGACGAUUCUUAUUGUGGUAAGGGUGAUGCUUCUGGUAGUGAGGAGGAAUCACUUGAGGUUGGUCCUUUAGCUGAGUUACUCCUGAUUAUGUUGUCCCUAGAUGAAUGCCCAUUUCACCCCGAUAAUAAUUUACCAAAGUUUCAGCUUAUAUGUUGUUAUAAGGAAGAUCGGCCUUUAUUGACUAGCAACCUUGAGAAGCUUAUUUCUGUAGGUCUGUGUGUUUGCACAAACCUUGAUACGUUUUCAAGAAGCAUUUGUGGGUUGCAACGUAUAAGAAAGCUUAAACUCCAAGGCGGUAUUCCAGAGGUCCCCAAGGAUCUUGACCAGCUAGAAUGUCUAGAGAAGCUAGAAUUUUCUUAUACAAACAUUAAACAUCUUCCCGAUAACAUUUGUAUGUUGAAACAUCUACAAUAUCUCAAAAUUGAUUCAUGUUCGUUUCUUGAGAAGUUACCUGAGGAUAUUGGCCAAUUAGAAUGUUUAAGGAAACUAAGUUUGUCAUCUACAAAGAUUAAAGAUCUUCCUGAUAGCAUUUGUAUGCUGAAACAUCUUGAAUCUCUCGAACUUCAUGAUUGUUUGUUGCUUGAGAGGUUACCUGAAGAUAUCGGGCGAUUAGAAUGUUUAAAACAUCUCUCCCUCUGCUAUUGUAUUCAACUUGAGAACUUGCCUGAGGAACUUGGACGUUUAGAAUGUUUAAAAAUGCACCAUUUACACAGGCACCCACAAUAUAGGACUCUUCUCUCAGUGCAUUUCUCCAAAGAUUAUUUUGAGUCUCCAAAGCCCUGGAAAAAAGCCAAUUUACAAAGAUAUAUAAUUAUAACAGGGAAGCAAUCAAGACACAAGGUGAUAUGCCCAACUACUUUGGAGAACUAUUUAGGAAGAAGCUAUAUAGCAGAUGAGAAAGAGCAUUGUUGUCAAAGCAAACCCUGUUCCCAGUUUUUAAUCCCAAUGACCUCCAUUAAAGUUGAAGAUAAUGCAGCUAGCAAAUUAGCGUUGUUAGGUUCAUCGUCGGAUGAAGAUGAAUCGUCUGCGAUACUUUCCAUUACUAUUUUCGGAUGUUUUGUAACGUCCGGAAUUUAUCAGGUAUGGUAUUGCUUUUAUUCAAGUUAUAAUUGUUAA